CGUAAACAGUAGCCAUCAGCGCACCCAACUCAUUUUUCCGUUUCUCCCCCAAUUUUUAGAGAGAGAAACGAUACCCCCGUUUAGGCUCCCUACCAUUGUUACGAGAGCUUUUGGCAGAUCGGUUAACUCGUGGGGUUUUGUUCUUGAAUUAUUACUAUUUUUUGCCGAAAUUCAACUUCAAUUCUUCCAUUUUUUAUUUUUUUCUACUUUGCCCCCUGUUUUUGAAGAGUGUAUGUGAAACUGGGGAAUGGAGUAUGUGGGCAGAAGGGUGAAGAAGGAGUCCCAAGGCCACGGCACGAGCUUUGGUUCGGUUCAGUCUUACGAGCCGUCGACUGAGGUUUUUAAGAUCGUGUACGACGGUGGAGAUUCCGAAGAAUUGGAGCUCGCGGAAGUUUCUUCUCUCUUGCUGUCCACCGAGCCUCCACCUCCGCCUCCGCCGCCGUCCGAGGCUCCGGUCAGGAAGCGAGGCCGCCCAAAGAAGCGACGCCGCAUUGUGAAUAAAGGUACGGACAAAGGUGAUCCUGAAAUUGAGAGUGUGGUUAAUGAGAAUAUGUUUGGUAGAGAGGCGGGUUCUGGGGGCUUUGAUUUGAAUUCGAAUGAAGGAAUGGGUUUGGAUGUUGAUGCGUUUAACCUUAUCAGUAGAGAUGAUCAUGGGGUGAAUGGGGUUGGUGCUGGGGGAGACAUGCGUGGCUUGGAUUUGAACGAGGUUGUGAAUUUUGAGUCAAAUGAGCAGUUAUGUCUGAAUAACGGUGGUGUUGUUGGAAAUUCGGGAGAAACGAGAGAAAUUAUUGACCUGAAUUUGGAUGCAUAUGAAGAUUGUGAGAAGUUAACAGAUGGGAGAAAAGGGCGUUGCUUUGACUUGAAUUUACAGUUGACCGAGGAUGAGGUGAGGAACUUGGAAGAACGUGAGCUGCAAAAGGGAGCAAAUGAAACCAUUCUUAACAAAGGAAAUAUGCAGUUGAGUGAAGUCUUGGUGGAGCAUGAUACCAAAGAAUAUCCAGUGAAUGUGGAUGAUGGAAAUCGUGUAGUGAAUACAGAGAACAAAGAAGAUAGCCCAAGGAGGAACAGCGCGUCUGGGCUUGAUAACGGAAAUGUGGCUACACAAAAAAUGAAAAGGGGUAGAAAGAGAAAAGAUACUACGAUCAAUAAUAUUGAAGUAUCCUCCCUGGAGCCACGAAAUGGGGACAUGAAGUCAGAGUUGGAUAGUGUAGAAGGAACACGAUCGAGAAUGGGUGAUGAUUCGGUUGAUCAUGAAAAUGGAGUUUUGGGAACUCUAACUAGAGGGAGAAGAGGUCGGAAGAGGAGAGAUUUAUCAGAGAAUAAUGUUACCUUGCCUACUCCUUCAACGGGAUUGAGAAGGAGCAGCCGUAGAGCAAAGAGAGAAGCUUUGUCUGAUUCUGAUCAGGUCCCAAAUGUGUCAGACUUGGGUGACAUUGAUCAAAAGUUGUCAUCUCCAGCAAUUAAUUUCAUAUCUCAAGAAAAGAAAAUUGUAAAAUCUCGUCGAAAAUCUUCUCAUCCUGAUAUUCUUCCACCUAAAUUGGAGCUGCCGCCGUCUUCUUGCAACUUGGAUCUAGAUGGAGUUCCUUUGUUUGAUUUAGUUUCUGUUUACGCAUUCUUGCGGUCAUUCAGCAUUUUGUUAUUUUUAAGUCCCUUUGAAUUGGUCGAUUUUGUGGCGAGUGUUAAAUGCAACGACUCGACAUUAUUAUUUGAUUCGGUUCAUGUUUCUCUAUUGCGAACUUUACGUAAGCAUCUUGAGUCACUUUCCAAUGAAGGUUCCGUGUCGGCAGCUGAUUGUCUAAGGUCUCUUAAUUGGGAUCUUCUUGACCUGAUCACGUGGCCAAUGUUUGCGGUUGAGUAUCUAUUACUACACAGCCCUGGGUAUAUUCCUGGCUUAGAUCGUUGUCACCUGAAGAUUCUUCUGAAUGACUAUUAUAAACUGCCCGUCUCCGCAAAAGUUGAGAUACUGCGGCAUCUUUGUGAUGAUGUCAUUGAAGUAGAGGUAUUUAGGUCAGAGCUGAACAGAAGGAUAUCGGCAACAGAAUACCAGACAGACUUGAACCGUGAUUCGAAAUUUGAGAGUUCUCGUAAAAGAAAACCUGCCAUGGAUGCCGCUACUACGUCUUGUGUCAUGGAAGAAGAUGCCGAGGAAUCUGCAGAUGGGAAUAGCGAUGAAUGUUGUCUUUGUAAGAUGGAUGGGAACUUGAUAUGCUGUGAUGGUUGCCCUGCAGCAUUCCAUUCGCGGUGUGUGGGUGUAGUCAGCAGGCUGUUGCCUGAGGGCGAUUGGUAUUGUCCUGAAUGUGCCAUUGAAAAGGAUAAGCCUUGCGUGAAAGUGGGAAAGUCAAUCCGGGGAGCAGAACUUUUGGGGAGUGAUGUUUAUGGACGGAUAUUUUAUAGUAGCUGCGGUUACCUGUUGGUGUUGGAGUCAUGCAAUGAAGAAUAUUCAUUUUGUUGCUAUGAUAGAAAUGACUUGCCUGGCCUUAUUGAAGUUCUGGAGUCAGCCCCAUUUGUCUAUGACUCUAUUAUAAGUGCAAUUUGUGAGCGUUGGAAUGUAAUUCGUGGAGUUGAUGGGGCCAAAAAUGAUUUUGACUUGCGAUCCUGUUCUGUACAGUCGACUCUUCCUGGAAAAGGGCAACUGCAGCAUAUAAAUAUGGCACCAUCAGAAAUUCUAAACAAGGAUGUGUCUUUUGCUGAAAAGAUGUCGGAUAAAAAGUCCAUAGCGUGUACUGGAAUUACUAAUUCCAGUAACACAGAACUUGAUAUUGCAGAUAGUGGAGUUGUCAUGCUGGAGACCGGCGACAACGGUUUGAAAAUGGAAAAUAAUGUGGCAAGUUCUGAAGGAUCAAAUGAAGUCUCUCAGACAUUCCCAAAAACUGUCACUUUAAAAGAAAAUGGUCCUCCUGAUUCUUCUGUAAGAGGGCCUGAAAGUGUGAAUGACUGUCCUAUUCCUGGGAAGAUUGGUGGAGAUCAUCACAUGACUUUGACCUCUGUAAAUGUUGAAAAAGAUAAUAAUCUUGGUUCAGAAAAUCAGAGCUUUGCACCUGACAGCAUAAACUUUGGAGUGUUGUCUCCAGCGCAUUGCCCGAUGAAUUAUGACAACUGUUAUGAGUUAGCUCGAAUAGCAUCUUCAUAUUAUGAAGAGUUCACUAGUAAAUCAUCUGAUAAGACCUCAGGAGCUCCCCAAAAAACUGUUGAAGAAUUUAUAGCAGGACAGGCGAAGGUUGUAUCGAACAGAUAUGCCGAUUUUUCUUGGUCAAAUAUUCAGAAUAGAAAUGUGAAGUUCAGGAAGGAAAGAUGUGGGUGGUGCUUCUUUUGCAGGUAUCCUGAUGAUGAAAGGGACUGCUUAUUUAUUAUGAAUGAUGUUAUUCCAGCUGUAGAGAACUUUACUUGUGAGGUCUUGGGAAUUCAGUCUGGAAAAAAUCGGAAGAACCAUCUUCUUGACAUCAUGUGCCAUAUCAUAUGCUUGGAAGAUCAUCUGAAGGGUCUUCUUUUAGGUCCAUGGUUAAAUCCACAUUACUCCAUGCUAUGGCGUAAAAGUGUUCUAGGAGUGGUUGACUUGGCUUCACUAAAGAAACUGCUGCUCAAGCUAGAGUCGAAUGUCCAUCAUCUAGCAAUUUAUGCAGACUGGCGAAAGCAUGUUGAUUCUGUUAUUACAAUGGGCUCUGCUUCUCAUAUUAUCAGCAGCUCUGCUCGAGCGUCCUCAAAGUAUGGUACUGGCAAGAAGAAGGCCAAGUCUUCUGAGGUGGGGACUGCCCCAUCUUCAAAUGCCGCCACUGGACUUAGUUUAUUCUGGUGGAGAGGUGGGAAGGGUUCGCGUAUGCUAUUUAGUUGGAAGGUUUUACCUAACGCUCUGGUUUCGAAGGCUGCUCGGCAAGGUGGAGGAAAGAAGAUACCUGGUGUACUAUACCCCGAGAUAGGAGAAUAUGCCAAGCGAACUAAAUCUGCUUCUUGGAGAGCUGCAGUUGAGACGUCUACAAGUGUGGAGCAGCUGGCACUCCAGGCAUGUUUAUUUUGUUUGUUCCAUAUUAGGGAGCUCGACGCUAAUAUUAGAUGGGAGGAUAUUGGGAACUCCAGCCUUAUCUCCAAGAUAGACAAGGACACCAAAAAACCUGUUAGAUCAUUCAAAAAGGUUAUAGUCCGUAGAAAGUGCUCUGAGGGAUCAGUGGUCAAGUAUCUUUUGGAUUUUGGCAAAAGAAGAUUUAUUCCUGAGGUUGUCAUGAAACAUGGCACCAUGCUUGAAGACUCAUCAAAUGAAAAGAAAAGAUAUUGGCUGGAAGAAUCUCAUAUGCCACUGCAUCUCUUAAAAUCCUUCGAGGAAAAAAGAGUUACUCGUAAAUCUAAUAAGGUGAACUCUGGGAAACAUCAUGAGAGUACCGGAAUAAUGAGGAAGUCUGUCAAGAAAAAAGGAUUCGAAUAUCUUUUCUCGCGAUCUGAGAGAUCAGAGAACUAUCAGUGUGGUCAUUGCAAGAAAGAUGUUCCAAUCAGGGAGGCUGUGAGCUGCCAGCGUUGUGAAGGUAAACACCUCAGUUCUCUAAGGCUUUUCUUUGCUGGUCUUGGCUUUUUCCAUAAAAGGCAUGUACGGAAAUCUGUUGGGUUCACUAUAUGUGCGUUUACAUAUACUUGCCAUAAGUGUCAGGGUGGUCAGUCUGUGAAAGUUGAUGCAAAGAAGGGUAAGUCUCAGUCCCCAAAGCUGAAGAAUGCAUCGACAGGACUAAAACCUUUACGCCCAAGGAAAGGCAAAAAGAUGAGGAAAGUAAAGCGAAAAGUGAUGUCCAAAAACCGUAAAGGAGUUCCUUUGGUUGAACCUCUGCGAAGAUCUGCCAGGAAUGCGGAACGUGUUGCGAAGCUACCUCUGCAGAGUACUAGGGUGAAGAAACGGAAGAAGAGAAAACAAGCUAAAACAGAAAAGGGCUUGUCUAAGAAGCCCAAAUUUAGUAGUCGUAAGAAGAAGAGGACACCUGUUAAUAGCAGUUACUGGCUAAAUGGUCUACAAUUAUCACACAGGCCAAAUGAUGAAAGGUUGAUGCAUUUCAGGAGUAGGAUGCUUCUUGUGCUUCCUGGGGAAGUGACUUCUGUCCUCCAUAAACCAAAAUGCACCCUGUGUUGCGAACUGGAGCAUAAGUCUGAUGUCGGUUAUGUGGCCUGUGAAAUUUGUGGAGUUUGGUUUCAUGUAGAUGCUUUGAAUCCUAGAGCUGGCGAGAUUGAAAAUGUUAUUGGCUUCAAGUGCCACCUGUGUUUGAAUAAACGGCCUCCUCUCUGCCCUCAUCCUUGUCCUAUUGAAAAUGACAAGGAUGAACUUAUUUCAGAAAAGAAGACUAAUACUGAGUGCACCAAGGAGAAUUCCAAUUGUUCGGCUAAACUCAGUGACAAGUCAGCAUGUCGGAAAUCUCAUUACAGUGAAUCCAAGGAUGAAUGUAUGGCUGUUAAUUUUGAGAAGCAGCCAUCUGAGACUACCUGAGUCGAGCCAGAAAGAUAGAGACUUGGUAUUGCCUGAGAAAAUUUGACUCAGUAAUGAUUCUAUUGAACUUGGUGAAUGAUUGGGAGGCGAGGCUGAAGGUUCACCCUUUAACUCAUAACUCUGCGAAGAAUGGUUUGCAAAACAAUAGUGCGUUUGCUGUUUCUGACCCAACUGAGUUCUCUCCAUAAAUUCCGUUAGUGUAAGGUGACAUGCUGUAUGGUGGGGAGAAAAUUGUAGAUUAGAUUUGAGUCAUACCUUUUAAUUGUACAAGGUAUUGUGCUAAUGGUACAGAUGUAAAACUUUUUAUGAAUCUUGGAAUACCAUCUGAAACUAAAGAGUUCAUUGAGAUGAUUUUUAAGAAAUUAGAGCAAGU